AUGACCCACUGCGCCAGCCACGUCCGCAUCCCCCGCGACAAGCUGGUGGGCCGGAGCAGGCCCGGGCGCUACAGCCACCUCCUGGACGAGCUGUACCGGACCAACGUGCUGCCCCCCACCGCGCGGCGCAGCCGCAUCGGCGUGCUCCACGUGCCCCGGCCCGACGGCACGGCCGACAUGCAUAUCGUGAUCAACGGCGAGGACAUGGGGGCCAGCGCCAGGGGCCUCCCCGCCGCCCGCCCGCUCUACGCCGUGGUGGACGUUUUUGCUUCGACCAAAAGCGUCCGUGUGAUCCAGGUGGAUUACGGCUUCCCCUCCUUGCAGACCCUUUGCCGACAGGUCAUCCAGAAGCAUGUCAUCCACCGACUGGCCAUCGACGGCUUGGACCUGCCCCUCGUACUGAAGAACUUCUGCAAAUACGAGUGACGGGGCAGCGGGAGCACCCUCAGCAGGCAGCUGCCGUGUGCCCAGCCGCUGCAAGCGAUCAAGAAGGGUCUUCCAGGACAGCUCUUCCACCCCCCGCAAGCAGAGGGCCCCAGGACCAGAGCCGGUUCCCCACUGCUCUGCCUCUGGCUGGAGCCUCAGCAGGCCCUGCUUCCUGACACGCAAAGUGCUGUCUGCAGCAGCAAGAGACAGUACAAGGGCUGCACAGCCAGUCUGGGCCGGAGCAGCACUAGCAGGGGGCUCCUUGCAUGUGAAGGGCAGGCUGGGGCUGCUCCACUUACAGCAGCACAAGGGCAAUAAAGUACUUCCAAACUGCGCUGAACAAA